CCUGGGGGAUGGCUCUAGCAGCACAUCCAUACAAUACACACACAGUGAGUCACAGGAGGGGUGGGUACAGUGUGUAAUACUGUGUGUGAUCACAGAGCUCAGAGAAACCAAAUGCAGUGUGGAGCUCACAGCAGCUGCAUGCACUAGUCUCACCCCCAGGACCCCCUGCCCUGCAGAGACUGGACAAGAAAGGGAGCAGAGCCACGUGCAGGGGGGAUUUAAACUCUCUCUGCGCCAGGUGUCCUAGGGGAUUUAAACUCUGCUCCAGGUGACAUUGCAUGCUGCCUGCACUGACCUAACCUGGACUCUGGGACCUGGCACUGGUGGAUGUCUGCUGCUGCUGCUUUGUGAAGGCUUGUUUCCUUUGUUGCCUGUGGGUUUACCAAUGAUUGCCAACGUGCAGAGGGAGAGCCGGUUAGGGGCCCCUAGGUUGGCCCCCUGUAGACCCCGCUUCAAGAGACUGGAGAGUGAUGAGCCUCCGGCUAAAUGCCUCAGGCUCAGCGAGACCCCCCCGGACAGUGGCUUACUGCCCUCCCCUGGAUCCCCUCACCCCCCAACCCCCCACAGUGGGACCCCUCAACACCAAGGACCUACCUGUCUUGGGAACUACCUGCUGCUACCAGCUGGGGACCGGGAACAUGUCUCCAGAGCCCUGAACCUGCACACGGGAGAGGAGCUGCAAUGCAAGGUCUUUUCAUUAAAACACUACCAGAAACAGAUCGAAGCUUACGUCCAGUUGCCCUGCCACCCAAACAUCACAGGGGUAGCGGAAGUUAUUCAAGGGGAGAGCAAAGUCUACGUGUUUUUCGAAAAGGACUAUGGUGACAUGCACUCUUACGUUCGGAGCUGCAAACGCCUGGGAGAAGAAGAGGCGGCCAAGUUAUUCAAACAAAUCAUCUCUGCUGUGUCCCAUUGCCACCAACAUGCGGUUGUCUUAGGAGAUCUCAAGCUGAGAAAGUUUGUGUUCUCAGAUAAAGAGAGGACUCGGCUGAGAGUAGAAAGUCUCGAGGACUCUCACAUCAUGAAAGGCGAUGAUGACGCUUUGUCGGACAAACAUGGUUGCCCAGCUUACGUCAGCCCUGAAAUCUUGAACACCACUGGAACUUAUUCUGGGAGAUCAGCAGAUGUGUGGAGCUUAGGCGUGAUGCUAUUCACGCUUUUGGUGGGACGCUACCCAUUCCAUGAUGCAGACCCGAGCACGCUGUUUUCUAAAAUCCGCCGUGGACAGUACUGUAUUCCAGAUCACAUAUCUCCCAAAGCCAGGUGCCUUAUACGCAGCCUUCUGAGGAAGGAGCCUUCCGAACGACUCACUGCAGAAGAGAUUUUAUUACACCCCUGGUUUGAAGCAGCAUCUCAGCCAGGAUACGCAGAUCCGAACACUAGCAGUACGGACCAGCUCGUACCCGAUAUACCCCAAAACUAUGAUGAUAUAGAUUCCUUCUUCUGCUAGUCCUCAUCCCCGCUUCCAGGAAUUCUAUGUCCCCAUUGACUGUACCUAUGUGGCAGAUUGGUCUUGGGACUGAAACAAAAAAAACUACAAAUGUUGACCUCAUGGUGCCGAGGCCUUGCUGUAUUUGCCAAUUUUAUUAUGCACCCUACUGACUUUGCCAAUAAUUAUCCAGUUUGCAAGAGCUCUGGGGAAAAUUUUUUGCUUUUCUUCAAAUUAAGAUUUUCAAUUUCAUUUUUUUUCCAAAAAAAAGAGAAAAAAUCGCCACAGUAACAAUUUGAGUUUCAUUCAUUCAUUCAAAUGUGAGAUCAAAAUGAAAUGGACUGUAUUAGUAUAAUUUGACAUUGUGAUAGUCUCAAUGCUGAUUAACCCUAACAUUUUGUGACUACCAAAAGCAGUAAACAUUGCACCCCUGCAUUGUCCUUCGGAGGGUCAAACUUUUAUGGUGUUUCUUGAAAUACUCCUUCUGUAGCUGAUUUAUUUUUCACUGGGUCAUUUUCUUAAUGUAGGAUUGGUUAAAUAUAAAAUGUCCUGUUCUAAAUCAAAAUAAUUAUUACAUACCGGUAUCUGUUUUAUAACACAUUAACUCUACGAGUCAUAUGAAAUUGCAAUAUAUGGUUGCAUUGUGGUCAUGGUGCUAAAAUUCUAGUGAAAUUUGGUUUUCCUGCAAUUGCCAAAUGUUUUGGAGCCAAUCUAUUUCCCUAUUUCUCAUAGUUAAACAAAGAUCUUGGAAAUGAAAUCUAGACUGACCUUAAAAAAGAAAAUGUCCCUGUGAUUUAGCAUGGAUUUUAGAAAGCUGUUCUGCAUUAAUUGUGUUAGUACAGUGGUUGGUAAUAAUUAAAAAAUAAAAUAAAAUAAAAAGAACAAGACUUGCAAUUACUGUCAUUGGAGGAGAUUUGUCCAAUAACAGUCAGACAAUUUAUUUUACUUCAUUGCAAUAAAAGUAAGGUUGUUAGAUGUUCACAAUUUAAUUUGGUAACAAUAUAAUGUUUCCCGUGUAGUCAUUAUAUCUCAGAUAUAAAAUGGUGUCCAUUAUUACAAAAUAAGGGAAACAACACUUUUUGGAGAGUAGAGAAUUUCUGCCACACUCCCAGAAUACCAUGCAACGACAUGCAAAUGAGAGCACACAAUAUUAUGGUUCCUUUUGGACCACCCUGCUGUUUUGUACACAGCUUUAGGACCAAAACAGAGAUAUGCAUAUGUGUGACGGCUCAGCCUGUCAUUUGAACGCUUGUUUUAGGCGUAUAAAUCAUAUAUAUUGUUGCAUGGCUCAACAUUCUAUAAUGAUUGCGUUAAAAAAACUCUUACAUUUUUAUAGGUAAUCAAUUAUUUUCCCUUAUAAAUUACUUUUGAAACUCACGCAAAUCAGGUGGAGCAUCAUUUAGCCCCUCCUACUUCCCCUUCAUGAGGUAUCUGCAAAAAUUAAACAAAAAUGCUCUAGUACCUAUUAACGAAAAUGUCUUUAAGAAGGCAGGUUUAAGUGUUUUUUUUUUUCUUUUCAAAAUUAUGCAUGAGAGGAACUGCAAAUGACAGAUACGUUUUUUUUUUUCCCCCCUCCAUUUUAUUUCUUAUUUUUGUUAUUGUUGUACAUUGAGAGAUAAAAUUUGUAGAGCAGAGAUUUGUAAUGUGAAUAACUGUUGGCAAAACUGUCACAAAGUAAAUCGUGAGCUAAACCAAGAGGACCCGCGGCCUCUUUUGCACUAACAGCUACACGGUUGUUUGACUUUUGUAUCUGUGAUACGUUGUACAUAAUGACAGUAGGCAUUUGCUGAAAAAAAAUUACCGAAAACACUAUUGUGUAAAUAUGUUAAAAAAUAAUUAUUGUUCAAUUUGUAAGUACGUUGUAAUAAAUAUUUUUUUU